UGAUGAAGCUGUCACCAAAGGCAUUCAUCUCCUUGCAGCCAACUGCUCAGCAACCAUAGCCCACAUUCCCAUGCCCUGCCUCUACUUGCUUUGAGAUUAUCUCUGUGUAGCCUCCAGGCCCUUCCCUGGAGAUGAACGCAAUGCCAGGGCCCUGGUGUGCCCCAUGAUGCCCCGAGCCUAGCUCCUUGGUACGCUUCGGCAUGAUGUUGAUCAACUCCUCGGCAAACGCUUCUAUCAUCAGCUCUGAUUUUCCGUGUCCUGACUACCAGACCACCCACCGCCUGCACAUGGUGGUGUAUAGCAUAGUGCUGGCUGCAGGGCUCCCACUCAAUGCACUGGCCCUCUGGGUCUUCCUGCGCGCAUUGCGCGUGCACUCAGUAGUCAGCGUGUACAUGUGCAACCUGGCAGCCAGCGACCUGCUAUUCACCCUCUCGUUACCUGUGCGCCUCACCUACUACGCGCUGCACUACUGGCCCUUUCCGGACCUCCUGUGCCAGACGGCGGGCGCUAUCUUCCAGAUGAACCUGUACGGCAGCUGCAUUUUCCUGACUCUCAUCAACGUGGACCGCUACGCCGCGGUCGUGCAUCCCUUGCGGCUGCGCCAUCUGCGGCGGCCCCGCGUAGCGCGGCUGCUCUGCUUGGCCGUGUGGGCGCUUAUCUUGGUGUUCACCGUGCCCACCAUGCUCGUGCACAGGCCCUCGCCCUGCAGCUACCGCGGCAUCCAGGUGCGCCUGUGCUUCGAGAGCUUCAGCGACGAGCUGUGGAAGGGCGGCCUGCUGCCGCUCGUGCUGCUGGCCGAAGGACUGGGCUUCUUGCUGCCCCUGGUAGCGGUGGUCUACUCGUCGGGCCGGGUCUUCUGGACCCUGGCGCGGCCCGACGCCACUCAGAGCCGGCGGCGGCGGAAGACGGUGCGGCUCCUGCUAGUCAACUUGGUCAUCUUCCUGCUGUGCUUCGUGCCGUACAACACCACGCUGGCCGUCUACGGACUGCUGCGGAGCAACUUGGUGGUGGCGAGUCACGCGGCCCGCAAUCAGGUGCGCGGGGUGCUGAUGGUGAUGGUGCUGCUGGCUGGCGCCAACUGUGUGCUGGACCCACUGGCGUACUACUUCAGCGCCGAGGGUUUUCGCAACACGCUGCGCGGCCUGGGCUCUCCGCUCCGGCCCAGGGCCUUGGCCACCAACGGGGAUGGGGCGGCGCUCACCCAGACGCCCGCGGAGACCACUCACACCACUAGUCUGGCUGCCGCCAGCCAGGGACUGCUCGGGCACUCCACGCCCGGGACGCCCUUCACCCAGUGCCCCGGGGAUUCUGCCCUCUAA